AUGAACUUUGAGGAUGUGGCCAUCGACUUCUCCCAGGAGGAGUGGGGGCUCCUCACUGAAGCUCAGAGACUCCUAUUCUGCGAUGUGAUGCUGGAGAACUUUGCUCUUGUAGCGUCUCUGGGUUGUUGGCAUGGAAAAGAAGAUGAGGAGGCUCUUUCUGAGCAGAAUGUAUCUGUAGAAGGAGAGUUACAGGUCAAAGCUUAUACAACUGGUCCAUCCACCCAGGACACCCGCUCCUGUGAGAUGUGUAUCCUAGUCUUGAAAGAUAUUUUGCACCAAGCUGAGCACCAGACAAUAUACCCUUUGCAGAAACUAUACUUGGUUGGCACAUGUGUGAGAUGUCUCUGUUUCAGUGCAAAUCGUUACCAGCAACAGAGGCAUGACGGUGGAGAGAAGCCCUGGAAAAGAGAUGUCAACAGGGCUUCAUUUGUGAUGAGUUGCAGCUUCUAUCUGUCCAGGGAGCCUUUCACCUGUAGGGAGGUUGGCAAGGACCCUCUGGCCAUGUCAGGCCUGCUCCAACACCAGGCCAUUCCCUACAGUGAGAUGCCACACAGUGGCAGUGAGAGUAGGCAGGCCCUUCCCAGUGGAAAAAGUCAUUACAAGUGGGGUGAAUGUGAAAAAGCUGCCGGCCACAACCACACACUUGUUCAACAUCAGAGUGUCUGCUCUGGAGAAGAGCUUUAUGAGUGUGACACAUGUGGGAAAGCCUUCAGCUGCAAUUACAGAUUUGUUCACCACCAGCAAAUUCAUACUGGACAAAGGCCAUAUGACUAUGGUGAACGUGGGAAGUUGUUGAGUGAAAUCUCUGGCCUCAUCAAACACCAGAGAAUUCACACUAGAGAAAGGACUUAUGAAUGCAGUGAACGUGGAAAAGUCGUUAUCCACAAAUCUAAACUCAUUCACCACAAGAGACGGCACACUGCAGGAAAGCAUUAUGAAUGUGACGAAUGUGGGAAAUCCUUUAGCUACAAAUCUAACCUCAUUGAACACUGGAGAGUACACACUGGAGAAAGACCUUAUGAGUGCAGUGAAUGUGGCAAGUCAUUUAGACAAAGCUCUAGCCUUUUGCGACACCAGAGAGUUCAUACUGGAGAAAGGCCUUAUGAGUGCAGCGACUGUGGGAAAUCUUUUAGACAAAUAUUUAACCUCAUUCGACAUGGGAAAGUUCACACUGGAGAAAUGCCUUAUGAGUGUAGUGAUUGUGGGAAAUCGUUUAGCUGCAAAUCUGAACUCAUUCAACACCAGAGAAUCCACAGUUGCAAAAGGCCUCAUAAGUGCAGUGAAUGUGGGAAGUCAUUUAGACAGUUCUCUAGCCUCAUUCGACACCAGAGUGUUCAUACUGGAGAAAGGCCAUAUGAGUGCAGUGUUUGUGCGAAAUCUUUUAGCCGCAAAUUUAUCCUGAUUGAACAUCAGAGAGUUCACACUGGGGAAAGACCUUUUGACUGUAGUGAAUGUGGAAAGUCCUUUACCCGCAGACCUGACCUCAUUCAACACCAGAGAAUUCAUACUGGUACAAGACCUUAUGAGUGCGGUGAAUGUGGGAAGUCCUUUAGACAACGCUCUGGCCUUAUUCAACACCGCAGAGUUCAUUCUGGAGAAAGGCCUUAUGAGUGUAGGGAAUGUGGGAAAUCCUUUAGCUACAAAUCUAAGCUCACUGAACACUGGAGAGUUCACACUAGAGAAAGACCUUAUGAGUGCAGUGAAUGUGGAAAGUCGUUUAGACAAAGCUCUAGCCUUUUUCGACACCAGAGAGUUCACACUGGAGAACGGCCUUAUGAGUGCAGCGACUGUGGGAAAUCCUUUGGACAAAUAUUUAACCUCAUACGACAUGGUAGAGUUCACACUGGAGAAAUGCCUUAUGAGUGUAGUGAUUGUGGGAAAUCGUUUAGCUGCAAAUCUGAACUCAUUCAACACCAGAGAAUCCACAGUGGCGAAAGGCCGUAUAAGUGCAGUGAAUGUGGGAAGUCAUUUAGACAGUUGUCUAACCUCAUUCGACACCGGAGUGUUCAUACUGGAGAAAGGCCAUAUGAGUGCAGUGUUUGUGCGAAAUCUUUUAGCCGCAAAUAUAUCUUCAUUCAGCAUCAGAGAGUUCACACUGGGGAAAGACCUUUUGACUGUAGUGAAUGUGGAAAGUCUUUUACCCACAAAUCUGACCUCAUUCAGCACCAGAGAAUUCAUACUGGUACAAGACCUUAUGAGUGCGGUGAAUGUGGGAAGUCUUUUAGACAACGCUCUGGCCUUAUUCAACACCGCAGAGUUCAUUCUGGAGAAAAGCCUUAUGAGUGUAGGGAAUGUGGGAAAUCCUUUAGCCGAAGUGCUAGCCUUAUUCAACACCAGAAAGUUCACACUGGAGAAAGACCUUAUGAGUGUAGUGAAUGUGGCAAAUCCUUUAGCCGCAAAUCUCACCUCCUUAGACAUCGGAGAGUUCACACUGGAGAAAAGCUUUAA